AUGGGAACAAAGUUCCUGGUAGGAUUUAUGCAAAAUGUUCUCCCAAGAACUGUAGGGAACACUGUGCCUGAUGCAUACCUACUGGUGACGACCAAUGAGACUGGAGUGGUGGAGUUUGAUGUGACAACCAUGUUUGGUGGUGUGCAAAGCUCCAGCACAUAUACAGUGGACUCAACUGCACCGACACGAGUCAACUUUCCAGCUGAUGAUGUCUAUGUGACCAAUAUUCAGGAGAGGGAUAAAGCUAUUUGGGUACAAACGACAAACAACAAGAAAAUAGCCAUCCAAGUUAUCAACGAUGAAUUGCGCUCUACUGACGGAUUUGUUGCUCUCCCAUGUGAUUCAAUGACUGUACCGUCAGAUUUUCGCACAUAUGAAUAUCUCAUUCUCUCCACUAAUCAAGACACGACAGACCAGCCAGGAAGCACACCAAGAUCCAGCCAGUUUCUUGUCAUUACUUGUGAUGAUGACACGGAGGUUGAAGUAGCCCCAUCAACUUCAAUCAGUGGAAGUGGCGUCUUUCAACACCCUCUAUUUGGUCCAGGAACAUCGCAAGCAUCAUCAAACUGGCGAGUCAACACAGACAACAACCUAAUACCUGCACACCAGACGCUCUUAAUCUCAAUAACAAACCAAGACCUUACCGGGACUGUGGACAACACUAACGUUACCAUCACAUGUGUGAAUGCUGGAAGCAGUACUUCAGCAGUAGAUUAUACAGCUACUCUGAAUUCUGCUCAGAAUCCUAACUGGGGACAGUUUGAAACUCACUCAGAAGCUUGUUCUGACCCGUAUGCUCCAAAAUAUUGCUGCUUGGAAUCCUCCAAUCCUGUCGUACUAGCUCAGUACAGCUAUGGUUACUCAAGGGAUGCAACAUGCAAUGGAGGAGAGUUUGGAGAUCCCUUCAUGAGUGUCAUUCCUCCAAUAGUUCAGUAUUUACGCCUUUACCAUCUUGUUCCAGUCAACAUUUCAUCUGGACCUAUUGUCAAUCAUUUCUUCAGUGUUUCUGUUCCAGCAAGAUACUUUCAAACGGACAGAAUUAUGUUGGACAAUGCCCCAUUGGAGCUUAAUGCUACAAAGUGGCACGCCAUCUACUGUAGCACUGGAGAGAUAUGUGGAUAUGGCAUUACAAAGGACUUUGACAAUCAGUACCAUUCGCUCUUCCAUGCUGAUGCCAAUACGGCCAUUUUUGUUCACACCUAUGGCUUCAGUAUUCAAAAUUCCUACGCCAUAGCUGGUGGAAUGGAACUCCAACCAAUUUCUGGUACAAUCAUCAGUUGUACUGUGCCUGACGACUGUGUGGUGGAGGGAAGUUCAGUCACUGUCACCUGUACCAGAUCUCUGGACCAAACUCAACAGAGCAGGAUUCGAGUCAGCACUGAAGAUGGAUCUGCUGUGGCUCCAGCCGACUACACUGCACUGAACAUACCUGAGAACCGACCAAGCUUCUUUGCCGGCAAUGUUCUGAACUACAGAGGAGGAACCCGUCAGGAUUCAGUGAUAUCAUUUGACAUCCAAACUACAGCAGACAGUGAUGAUACGGAGCCUCAAGAGACGUUCUUCCUCAAUGUCUCUCCUGUGAGGACGGCUAUUGUCCUGACACCACGAGUUCCCAUUACCAUUUGUGGAGUCACCCAAGAUAUACGUUGCCCUGAUUUGACUGAUCCUGCCAAUGGUAUGGUGAUGGUUGCUGGAACCUCUCCUGGUGAUGCAGCUAUUUACACCUGCAAUGACGGCUAUAAGCUAGAUGGAGCAUCAAACAGAACGUGUGGUUCAGGUGGUCAAUGGAGUCCUGAGGAACCUAAGUGCUUAGAUAUCAAUGAGUGUGAGAUUGCCACUGAAAUCUGUGAUGGCAAUGCUACCUGUAGUGACACUCAAGGUAGCUAUGAAUGUGUGUGCAACAGUGGCUACUCUGGAGAUGGAUUGUCAUGCACAAUUCCCACACUUUCGUUUUCUUCUGAGACAUAUGUCGGGGAAGAGGUUGAGAGAGUAGCUCAAGUAUGUGUAGCACUCAGUCUUACUCUCAGUAUCCCUCUCGACUUCAUCAUCACAGCCACUGACACGGGCAGUGCUACAGCUGGACUGUCGUGCACAUCUACUGGUGUUACAGAAGUAGAAAUUAAUUGCAGUGGUGUUAGAGCAGAUACAACUCUACAAUGUUCGUUUGAUGGAAGACCACUUCACCGAUGCAGAGUACCAAUGGUACUGACUAGCAUUGUCAGUCCUCCUGGUAACCAUUCUGUGAGAAUUGUGGCCAGCACUGGAGGAGAGAGCACCGUGCCAUAUUACAUCGCUGCUGCUGCAACCAAUGUGCCAGCCAGCGUGCCACCAUUGGAGGUCGUUCUAACUGGUGGUUCACCUCGUGUGAAUGAGAGCUCUGUGGAGGCAGAGUUUUUAACCACCAGACCAGUGACUGGAGUGAGGUGCUUCCUCAGAUAUGAGAACAAAAAUGACUACAAAGACUGUUCUUCUGGUAGUGUGUCCUUCACUGGAUUAAAGCCUGGACGCUAUGUCCUAAAGAUCUUUGCUUACAACAAACAAACUGACAUUGGAACUGAGAAAAGAGUGGUUACUAUCUAACUCCAGUGAACCUUUGGACGCCAUAGGUAUCUCCUUAAAUAAGCAGAAACUCAUGUAUAAAGUGUGUUAGUAAAGUGUGUAGUAUUAGUGCCUAGUAUUAUAACCGCUAUAUAAAUUCUUAUGGACUUAUGGAAGCUCUGA